UUCGCGUCACGUGAUCGUUGUUUUUCUUUUGACUCACGUCGUCACGUCGUUCUUGAAAAGUGUCUUGUCGGUUGAUUGUUUACUCCAGUGUGUUUGUACACGUCUGUGUUGACUUUCACGAACAAUGGCGAGGCAGUGACAGACCUUAAAGGAAACGGGUUAGUGAAAAGGGAGACCGUAUUCCUAAUCUUUCUCUGGAUGUCAUGAACUCUUAUGACUCAAAACAAUGUGUCAUAGGUGGACUCCAUAUACCUGGGUGAAAAUAAGCAGAGCUCUUCUGUGGCAAACGCAUGCUCACAAAUCAACCUUGUGUACCACCUCUCACUGUAGGCUUCAUGUACAACACCGUGUUUGCUCCAAGGCUGGCUGUCUCAGGUGGAAGGGGUUUCAUCACUUUUGGAACAGCGGUCGUAAAGGAUGGAACUUUAAAGCUCACCAACCCCGGCAACAUCUCUAUCUCCACACCAGCACCUUUUAUUUGAACACAUCAGCUUCACGUUGGUCUGCUGGUCUGAGCCAACAAAUGUCACGGGUCAGGAACACACUGGACACAGUUUCUAAAGCUGUGAGUGGGACACAUACAGAACUUCUCUCCAAAAUUACCAGACUAAAAUCUAAUUCUUCAAAGGAAUUCACUAAGGCUGAGGUCAGCAUUGAGCCACAGCCAAAUGCAGAGGAAAGUGUGAUCGCACAUACUCCUAGCAAUGCUGCUUCUCCUACAUCUACUGCACCCAAGCCGGUGCUUUCUGUCACUGCUUCUCCUCCUACCUCUGCUGCUGCAUUGGAUGCCACUACCUCCACAGCUGCGGUUCUGACUGGCCAUGGAUAUAAGGAGAGAAAACUUAAGCGUGUGGUUCCUCCUGUCAAAGCCAGCUCUUCCAUGGGGGAAGAGGAGCUUAAAGCUUCAUCAAGCACCAGUGAGAACAUGAAAAGCACAACUUCAAAACAAACUACUGCACUUUUCCAUCCUAGCACCUUUUCAGUCAGCCUGGAUGAAACUUUCAACUACCUGGCCCAUCAUAUCAACUCAUACUUUGGCAGCAGUACAAAGACUCAGGACAAGAACGUGGACAGUGUUGACUGUUCCCCUGUUUCCUCUCAGGGCCAACAAAGAAGUGAUCCAGGGUCAAUGUCUGUGAGAAGAGACUCUGCUGCUGGUCCAGUUGCCCCUCCUUCUAAGAAAGGUUUAGGACACUACCUUUCCUACUCAUCUCCCACUGUGCAAGCCUUUGUUGGAAGCUACAUUGCUCCCCUUGUCCCCAAGUUCAGGACAGGAGAGUCCAAAUCUGCUACAGUGGAGGAAAAGAUUGUGGAUGCAGCAGUGACACAGGUAGAGGCCACAGUUACAGUGGUGCAGAAGGCAGCAGAGGAGAAAGCCAAAAAACUUCUCCUUCAAAGGGAAAAGAUCAUUGCCAGGGUGAGUGUGGACAAUCGGACUCGGGCUCUGGUCCAGGCCCUACAGAGGGCAUCAGAUGUAAGGGUCUACAUCAGCAGGGUGGAGGACCUCAGCUACCAUCUCUUGGAGUUUCCAGAUACUCGGGCUGUUGCUGUCAAGGAGAAAGUUAUCCCUUGCCUCCUGCGUCUGAAGCAGGCCAGUGAUCCAGGCCUGAGGGGAGCAGUCAGAGAAGCACUCGCUCUGGUGGGCUACCACAAACCUGUUAAGGGCCGCGGCAUAAGGAUCCUUUCCAUAGAUGGAGGAGGUUUAAGGGGGAUUCUGGCACUUCAGACUCUACAGAAGCUGGAAGCCCUGACCGGCAAACCCAUUUACAAACUGUUUGAUUAUAUUUGUGGUGUCAGCACAGGUGCUAUCCUAGGCUUCAUGUUAGGUGUGUUCCAAAUCCCGCUGAGUGAGUGUGAUGACAUCUACCGAAAGCUGGGCUCAGAUGUUUUCAAGCAGAAUGUCAUUGUAGGCACGGUGAAGAUGGGAUGGAGCCAUGCUUUCUAUGACAGUGAAGCCUGGGAGAAGCUCCUCAAAGAGAAAAUGGGUUCUCACUUGCUGGUGGAGACUUCAAGAAACCCUGAAUGCCCCAAGGUGGCAGCGGUGAGCACCGUUGUAAAUCGGGGCACUCCUCUGAGGGCAUAUGUGUUCAGAAACUACAACCUGCUACCUGGGGUUCGCUCACACUACUUGGGAGGCUGCCAACACCAACUUUGGCAGGCAAUCCGAGCCACGUCAGCAGCCCCUGGCUACUUUCAAGAGUUCACCUUGGGGAAUGAUCUCCAUCAGGAUGGUGGACUGCUGAUUAACAACCCCACUGCGCUGGCCAUCCAUGAGUGUAAUUGUUUGUGGCCUAACGUGCCCUUGGAGUGUGUGGUCUCACUCGGCACCGGUCGCUUUGAAAACCUUGGCAAGAACAGCUCCACCUACACAAGUCUCAAAGCAAAACUCACCAACGUCAUCAGCAGCGCCACAGACACCGAGGAGGUUCACACCAUGCUCGACACCUUCCUCCCUCCCAACACUUAUUUCCGCUUCAACCCUUACGUGAGCGAAGAUGUUUCUAUGGACGAAAGCCGCCAUGAGAAGCUCAACCUGCUGCAGGCCGAGGGCGUCCGCUACCUUGAGAGGAAUGAAGAGAAGCUUAAAAAGGUGACUCGCAUCCUCUCCAGGGAGAAAAGCUCCAUCCAGAAAAUGGAAGACUGGGCAAGGCUGAAGGUCGACAUGUAUAAUGGACUCUCUGUUAAGUCCUCUAAACUGUAGGUCCAACACAAACCACUUUUACCUCGCAUGGAAAUGCUGUCUUUCUUCUAAUUAUGUAUAGCUAUCAUGAUUAGUGUGCCAUCAUUGCUGAUGUGAAUGCACACAUAUAUGACGAUACACUAUCAGCCUCAUGUGUAAAUGCAUCUAAAGGAAUAGUUUGACAUUUUGGGGCUAUUCCCAUAUUCAUUUCAGUUUCUAAAGUUAGAUGACAAGAUCAAUACCAUGUUCCUGUCUGCACAGUGAGUAAGAAGGUAGCUUAGCUCUGCGAAAAUGCUAGAAAUUGAUGGAAAAGCUAGCUAGGCUAUAUGUUAUUAUUACUAUAUUCCCCUGAGCUUUAAUUUUUGUAAAGCAGAAUACUGUAACAAUCUACAGUAACCAUUCACUUUGCUUGUUUUAGUGAGCACCUCUUGACCAUUUGCUGUCAUUUAAAACAUUCACGAAGAACAAUAUACUAUACAAUGUAAAUCGCUGGCAUUAUGUUUUACUCAAACAAGGUUUGUGCUGCUCAAGUGUAAAACUACAAUAUCAGAAUGUGAAGAAGUAACAUUUUAUAAACUAAUCAGGGUGAAUCAGACAUUUAUCAGUUGUAAUAAUAAAAACACAGCAGCUGGUCAACUCCGUAAUUGUAUUAAUUAUUUAGUUGUAAUAUUUGUGCAUUAGGGCCAACUUGAAGCAUAACUUUAUCCUGUAAAUGCAUGUUCUAUUUUACAAACACAGACCAGUCACUUACCUUGUGAUUGGUCUUACAGUGACAAAAAAAUGUACGCUAGUAGAAUUUACUUGAGUAUUUACUUUUUAUUCACCUGGAAUGGUAAAUAAUAAUAAUAAUGAUAAUAAUAAUAAUGAAUAAAUAUGAAUAGCACAUAUAUAUAACUGGUGAUUAUAUUCCUAACGGCGCCUUGCUGCUAUGAGUGUGUACUUUUAUGUUAUUUUAGCCUCAAAGUGUUUUAGUUCAGUUGUUGGAAUUGAUUUGAUUGUUUGACUUUAUAGAUAAGCACAUUCUGUUUUCCUGUCACACAUCUUCUCCAAAGCUUCUCUCACCCAUAUGACCUUGAACUUCUGCAUGACUUUACUGUACUGUGUGUAGAUAUCAUACAGAUUUUACGACUGACUUAAUAUGUGCUUAUUGAUUUGCAAUGUCUGAAAAUGAUCCUGUAAAAAAAUGCACUCAUUAUAAUCAUCUCGCGAUGACUCCAUGUUCAAGUACUGUACAGCUGGUCCCAGAGGACCUGAGGCAGAAUGGACACAGGUAUUAACCAGACGAAUGUAAUUCCACUGUUCUCCUGUUGGUGCUGUGUGAAGGCUGCUCGACAUUGUUAUUAAAAACCUGUCACUGAA